CCGUGGUGCGUCCCCCACAGCCCGUUUCACCAGCCGUCCUGGAUUCCAGGAGGCCGGCAUCCUCAGUAUGGGCACCCAGCUGUGAUGGCUUGUGGCUUCACAGCCGGGUACCCACUGCGCAUAUGUGAGUAGCGCUGCACUUCAUGAAUGGUCCUGUAGUCUUCUGGGACCUGUCCCGUGUCCCAAAAGACUACAGGGAGGGAGGACACCUUCCGUUGCCCACCCCUGGCCUAGGCGAUCGGACCGGAAGUGGGAGCGGGUACCUUAAAGUGGAACUUCCCCUU